AUGACAACCAGCCUUGAUCGCCAAAAGGCUCGCCUCGCACAAGCAGGCUACCCUGACCACCUUCUGGUGUCAGUGGCAGAAUCCCUGCUCAAAAAGCCUUCAAGUCACCAACAGAACGCCGCCGCAGCAUUGGGGUCUUCAAGCAGUCUGUCGACUACAGAUGGUGAGAAACCGCGCAAGGGAGAUGUGCUGCACUGCGAGCGGCCAUAUAAAUGUCACAUAUGCCUCAAGUGCUUCUCGCGAGGCAACCAUCUCAAGAAGCACCUGCGCCUUCACACGGGCGAGCGGCCGUAUCAGUGCCCUUUGUGCCCCCGGGCAUUUCAGCAUUCUUCCGACCUGAAAAGACACAUGAGGUUUCAUACAGGCGAGGAGCCAUAUGAAUGUCCCGUAUGCCUCAAGAGCUUCUCACAAAGUUGCAACUUGAAAGACCACCUGCGCACUCACACAGGCGAGCGGCCAUACGAAUGCGACAUAUGCCUCAAGAGCUUCACAACAAACCAUGUACUGAAGGAACACCAGCGUAUCCAUACAGGCGAGCGGCCAUAUAGGUGCCCCACGUGUCCGAAGACCUUUUCAGGAAGGAAGACACUGACGCAGCACCAGCGCAUCCAUACAGGCGAACGGCCGUAUCAGUGCCCUUUGUGCCCUGUGACAUUCACACAGAAAUCCUCCCUCAGAAAACACCAGCAACGUCAGCAUGAACACAAGUGAUCGCAAGUUCUGCUGUUCAAGGCUUUGUGAGUGAUGAGUUGUGUGGGACAUUAAAGCUGUGGCUCUUGUCGUCAGAGCUCGGCUUCCUUUUUGUAGCAGAGCAUCGUUAUACAUGCAGUAAAAUGUACAUCUCAUCAUUCGUUUACUUUAUGCAUGGUGCUUUUUUGCAAUGAGCUUCAUUCACCAGUCGAAUAUUCAGUAUGUUUUAGGCUCUGUGAAAACUUGUCUAUUUGUACUGACGAGCUACCUCACCUCUGCUUUGUCAACUCGAAAUCCUUUGUGUAAGCCAUUCACAAGAAAAUGCAUGAAGACACAUGGACUCCACCUACUGGACCACCAGCUGUCUAUGUGCUUAUUAUGCAAUAAAUAGGGUCUGAAUAUGGAAGUCUACACACUGUGUUCUUCAUGCUUCAUGGCAUUCUAAAGAGUCAGUGAGAAUAAGUGUUAUUGCAGUCACAUUUAUAUGGACACUGCAAGCAAACUCUUGACAUUGACAUGAUGGUUCAAAUACCACGUGCAAAUAGAUCCUGUCACACGUGCUAUACUGUGCGAGUUUGAAGAAAUGCCUGCAAGAAAGUGCACUUUCAUCGUGCACCUGAGCAGCGGGGAUAAGGGGGU